GGAAGCGUUUACAUCGCUGGGUACAGCAACCGAAAGAGAGAAGAAGAGACUAUUUAUCUUCGCUUUUAAGUCAUAUUUCACGAAUCUUAUUGAAUUGCAUUUAAAGAAGUACCUUCUCCAGCAAGAGUCAGGAAUAUGAAUGAGUUCGGGACUGCCAUCGGUAAACCUAAUUCAGUUAGACUGAAAAGCAGAAAUCUUAGGGAGUUAAGAUUGGAAACAGUUCAACUAGAAAUGGAAAAUCAAGACAUGGAGAAGAGGCUUCAACAGCUGAAAUUCAAUAUGAGUCGAGAAAAACAGGAGAGAGAAAAACUGGGUGGAUAUUACUGGAAAUCUGGACAAACUGGUACCUUUAACACUCCUCCUGAAGGAAUGCUACAGAAUAAAGGCAGUUCUUUUCAAAAGUUAUCUGCUGGCAAAGUGAAGAUAAAACUGCUGAAAGACCAUCCUGAAGAGUUGCCAAGACCAUCUGUAGACCAUGUUAUUGAAACAGGUUUAAACAAGAAAGAAAGACCAAAAUUAAAAGGAAAUAUAUGUGGACAAUGUGAAAUUAAAAAAGCUGGACUGAGGUGCAUGGAAUGUGGAGAAGACUAUUGUGUCAGCUGCUUUGCCAAGUUUCACCAGAAGGGGGCAAUGAAACUCCAUAGAAUGAUUCCAAUUCAGAUGGAGGUCCAGACUUCUGUCACUACACUAAAUGUCGUUAACGAGUUUAAAAAGCAAAUUUAUCCUGAACUGGCAUCUGAGAGAAAUAAACAUAAGGAUGAAGCUGUUAACAAAGGGCCACCAAUAAAAAAAAAUUUUUCCACACAGUUGAUGAAUAGAAAAGCAGAGGUUUUAAUUUUGGACCAAGAAAAUGUAGGAGAUGUACCAGUUAGUAGUGCAAAUGAGCAAAAUCAAAGUUUCUUGUUAAAUGGUACAUUUGAUGAAGAUGCGUCUGCCAAGUCUUUUCAGGAAGUUCUAAUGGAAUGGAGAAAUGGAAAAGAAACAAAUGAGCCUGAAUCUGAAUGGAAGCCCCAUGAAGCUGUUCCAGUCUCUACAGGUGUUUUUGGUGCCCAGGCUGACCUAAGCUCAAAAAAACCUAUUCAGAUCAUUUUCAGUGAAAAUAGCUUAAGCUACAUGGAGAAACUUUUACUGAAAAAGCACAGAAGGACUCCAGUGGAGCAAAUUGGAACAGCAUCUCUUGUCACUUCAUCUCAGCUCUCAUUAAUAGAUUCAAACAACUUGAUGGAUGAAGAAGAGUUAUGUCUGACAGCUGAUGAAGUGGAAGAACAUAAAUACUGCAUUUCUCUCUUUGAUGAUGAACAGCCACAUGAACAGCUUCAUUACAAUGAAACAGUCCUGAGCAUUUCAGAAAUUGAAGAUAAUAUUAAGCAACAGAUCGAGGAGACUGACUGCUAUGAAGUGGAGGAGGCAACCGAAAUAGUAAAAGAUGAAACAUCAGCAUACGUGAAUUCCACCUGUUCCAGCAGCCCAUCUGUUGAGAUAUCGACGAGUCUGACAGAAGGAAGCCCAGAAGUGUCUUAUGAUAUACCAGAAUUACAUUAUACAGAAGGAGUUCCAUCAUACAGUUUAACAACAACCAAUGUCAAGAAUUCUGAGGAAAUGCUUUCAGCUCUAGGUGGAAAAACAUCAGGUACAAAUGCUGACCUAUCUUCAUCUCAGAAUGGUUCUACUAAAAAAGAAAGAAGAACUCGAACAAGUCCUCGAGGUCCAAAACAAAGGAAUAAAACUGAAAGGAAAUGCAGUGCAAAAUCUGAGAAUACCCGUAGUGCACUUGCUAAUAUAUCAUUAUUGAUAAGUGGUGUAAAUAAUUUGCAAGAAGACAAAUCUUUAUCUUCAGAAGAUGGUGUGGAAAACAAUCAUCCAAUUAGCACUGGCAGCAAUAACAAUUGCAUGGACAUUGGUUUUACUACAAAGCCAUCUAUGGCAUUGCAGGAGAUUGCUCACAUGAAAAACCCAGAUGUAAAACACUAUUGUGGACUUGAUGGAUUUUUUACAAUGGGACUCGAUCCAGCACAGCUGGACCCAGGCACCUUCACACCAUGUACAACUUACAGAGCCAAGGACACAACACUGAAUUAUUCAACAGGAAGUGCAGACUGGAGACCUGGUAGCAGUUUAAGUGAAUAUGCUGACGAAUUAUUGGUUAGUAAUGUCAUUACCAGUUCUCAGCCUAGACCGUCAAGCAGUCUUUCAAACAAAAUCAUCCCUAAAAGGUUAACAUCACCUAGAUAUUAUCAAACUUCUGCUGGUAAUACACCUGUGUCUCCCAGACCAAUCUUGGCAUCCAGAUUAACUCAGUCAGCACUGGCUCCAAAACCAAAUUAUACUGAAGCAAGACCAAUGUCAAGAGCAGCUCUGGAAAUUUCUGAAAUUCAGUCUAUCGAUUGCACUGGUAAAGAGGAUCAAGACCUGGAAAAUCAGGCAGAUCUGAGUGCAUUGAAAUGUCUGGAAGAUGAGUUUAAAAUUCUGAGAAAUAAUGAAGAUGAAGAAAUGUAUGCCCUGAAGAUCAAAGAAUAUGCAUUCAAAAAAGAAAAAGGUUUAGAGCUGAGGAAAACAGCUAUUCCUUCCAGAAGCUGGGAUGCUGAAGGUCACACAGAUGAAGAAGAAGAGAUACUAAGAGACAAACAGAAUGUAAUGUCACUGCCCUGACAAGAGGAAGAUCUGUUUUAAUGUUGCAGAAUCCUUUUUUGAGUUUGUCUUUAGGUAUGAUUUAGAUAAGUCUUUAAUUUAUUGAUUUUUUUAUGCAAAUACCAUAUUAAUCCUUUAAGCUGGUACAGUUCAUCAUAGGCACAAUUAGGUAUUUUAAUCAUUUGCAAUGAUAGUUUCCAAGAAUAUAACAUGAGUAUGUUUAGAUGAUAUUGCUCUAUUUAUUUUUAUUAUUUGCAGAUUAAAUGUGUUUUCAAUCUUAAAUGUAUUCCAAUUUUCUCAUUGCUGUGCCAUUUGUUAAAAUUCAGGAACGUUCAUCUUUUUUAUAAAUAAUAACUGCUGAACAACGCCUUCCUUUACUGAUUUGAAUAUUGUUUAUUGAAAGAAUAAAUAAAGAAAACACAUGAAAUGCUAAA